CUACAUUUCCCAGAAAGCCAUGCGGGUGUCAUCAGCCAGGCACCGGUGCUGCUCGGUGGCGUGGGUUUCCCUUGUCAAACUGGAAACUAUUUCUCCUGUGUCGUCUGUCUAAACAAUAGAGUAGUUAAUAGCUCGUAGUUUUGGAUCAAAAUGACGGAGCGGAAGGGAACAGCAAAGUUGGACUUUUUGAGAAAGAUUGAGCUAGAGAUCCAGGAGAAAUGGGAGAAGGAGAAGGCAUUUGAGCAAGAUGCACCGACAACAGUCGGGGAAAGCACAAACAAAAACAAGUACUUUGUCACCUUCCCCUACCCUUACAUGAAUGGCCGAUUGCAUCUAGGCCACACGUUCAGCUUGUCAAAGUGCGAGUUUGCUGUUGGUUACCAGUCUCUGAAAGGAAAGAAAUGCCUCUUCCCAUUCGGGCUGCACUGCACAGGAAUGCCCAUCAAAGCCUGUGCAGACAAGCUAAAGAGAGAGAUGGAGCUUUAUGGAAACCCUCCACAGUUUCCAGACGAGGAGGAAGAGGAGAAGGAGAAGCCAGAGACGUCUGAUGAAAUCAUCAUCAAGGACAAAGCAAAGGGCAAGAAGAGUAAAGCAGUGGCGAAAUCCGGAACUGCCACUUUCCAGUGGGACAUUAUGAGAUCUUUGGGUCUGAAUGACAAGGAGAUUGCCGGGUUUGCCAGUGCUGAACACUGGCUGGAGUACUUCCCUCCUCUGGCUGUGAAAGACCUCAAACAGAUGGGAGUCAAGGUGGACUGGAGGCGUUCAUUCAUCACCACAGAUGUGAACCCCUUUUAUGACUCCUUCGUCAGGUGGCAGUUCAUCACUCUGAAGGAGAGAAAAAAGAUCAAGUUUGGCAAAAGGUAUACCAUCUACUCCCCCAAGGAUGGACAGCCAUGCAUGGACCAUGACAGGCAGACAGGAGAGGGAGUUGGACCCCAGGAGUACACUCUCAUCAAGAUGAAAAUGGUUGAACCGUACACGGCAAAAUUCAAGUCCAAAGUCUUUUAUAGCAGUGGCAUGAAAGGCAAAAACAUCUUCCUGGUGGCUGCCACUCUGAGACCAGAGACUAUGUUCGGUCAGACCAACUGCUGGGUGAGGCCAGACAUGAAGUAUGUUGCCUUUGAGACAACCAGCGGAGACGUCUUCAUCUGCACCAGUAGGUCUGCCAGGAACAUGUCUUACCAGGGCUUCACCAAAGAAAACGGAGUGGUGCCAGUAAUCAUGGAAAUACUGGGACAGGAUAUCCUUGGCUGUGCCCUGAGUGCUCCUCUGACCUCCUAUAAGGUCAUCUAUGCCUUGCCCAUGCUCACCAUUAAGGAGGACAAAGGUACGGGGGUCGUCACCAGCGUACCCUCUGAUGCUCCUGAUGACAUCGCUGCUCUCAGAGACAUCAAGAAAAAACAGGCUCUACGGGAGAAGUAUGGAAUUGAGGACAAGAUGGUGAUGCCUUUUGAACCGGUCCCUAUCAUAGAGAUACCGGGCUACGGGAACCUAUCUGCUCCUCUGGUGUGCGAUGAGCUGAAGAUCCAGAGCCAGAAUGACAAGGAGAAGCUGGCUGAGGCCAAGGAGAAAGUCUAUCUGAAGGGAUUUUAUGAAGGGAUCAUGCUGGUUGAUGGUUACAAAGGGCAGAAGGUCCAGGAUGUCAAAAAACCCAUCCAGAAGAUGAUGGUUGAGAGGGGCGAGGCCAUGAUCUACAUGGAGCCAGAAAAACAGGUCAUGUCGCGUUCAGCUGACGAGUGUGUGGUUGCUCUAUGUGACCAGUGGUAUUUGGACUAUGGGGAUGCAGAGUGGAAGCAGCAGGCCAAUGAAGCCCUCAAGCCCUUGGAGACAUUUUGUGAGGAGACAAGGAGAAACUUUGAGGCCACUUUGGCUUGGCUACAGGAGCAUGCCUGCUCACGUACCUACGGACUUGGAACGCGGCUGCCUUGGGACGAGCAGUGGCUGAUUGAGUCACUAUCGGACUCCACCAUCUACAUGGCUUACUACACUGUAGCACACCUCCUCCAGGGAGGUGUGCUCAAUGGACAGGGAGCCUCACCACUGGGCAUCAAGCCAGAGCAAAUGACCAGAGAGGUGUGGGACUUUAUCUUCUUUAAGACGUCUCCUUUCCCGAAGACAAACAUCCCUAAAGAGCAUCUACAGAGGCUGAGGAGGGAGUUUGAAUACUGGUACCCUGUGGACGUCCGUGUGUCUGGCAAAGACCUGGUGCCUAACCACCUGUCUUACUACCUGUACAACCAUGUGGCUAUGUGGCCUAAGGACAGUGGGAAGUGGCCACAAGCAGUGCGAGCCAACGGACAUCUGCUCCUCAACUCUGAAAAGAUGUCCAAAUCAACUGGAAACUUCCUCACUCUCACCCAAGCCAUUGACAAGUUCUCAGCAGACGGUAUGCGUCUUGCUCUCGCCGACGCCGGGGACACGGUGGAGGACGCCAACUUUGUAGAGACCAUGGCUGAUGCUGGCAUCCUGCGCCUCUACACCUGGGUGGAGUGGGUGAAGGAGAUGAUUGCCAACCAGAACAACCUGAGGACAGGACCUGCUGACACUUUCAACGAUCGGGUCUUUGCCAGUGAGAUGAAUGCAGGGAUCUUGAAGACAGAGCAACACUAUGACAGGAUGAUGUACAAGGAGGCUCUGAAGAGUGGCUUCUUUGAGUUCCAGGCAGCCAAAGAUAAAUAUCGCGAGCUGGCUAUCGAGGGCAUGCACAGAGACCUGGUCUUCCAGUUCAUAGAGAGACAAACUCUGCUGCUGGCCCCCAUCUGCCCACACCUUUGUGAAUACACCUGGGGUCUGCUGGGCAAGACCAGUUCUCUGAGGAAGGCAUCGUGGCCUGUGGCGGGUCCAGUUGAUGAGAUUCUGAUGCGUUCCUCUCAGUACCUGAUGGAGACCGCACACGACCUUCGACUGAGACUCAAAGCAUACAUGCAGCCCCCCAAAAGCAAAAAAGGUGACUCAAAACCCCCAGCCAAGCCCUCCCACUGCAACAUCUACGUUGCCAAGAGCUACCCUCCAUGGCAGCACAGUGCCUUAUCCCUGCUCGGCAAGCACUACAAGAGCAACAAUGGGGCUCUUCCAGACAACAAAGUGAUAGCAAGCGAGUUGGGAGCCCUGCCUGAACUGAAGAAAUACAUGAAGAGAGUCAUGCCGUUUGUAGCCAUGAUCAAGGAGAACCUGGAGAAGAAUGGGCCCAGGGUCUUGGAUCUGGAGCUGGAAUUUGAUGAGCGGGCAGUUCUGAUGGAGAACCUGGUCUACCUAACCAACUCUCUAGAGUUGGAACAGAUAGACGUCUUGUUUGCAUCCGAGGCUGAUGACAAAGUGAAGGAGGACUGUUGCCCAGGGAAACCGUUCAGUGUUUUCAGAUCAGAGCCUGGCGUGUGCGUGUCCCUGAUCAACCCUCAGCCGGCCAACGGCCUGUUUUCUGCAAAGGUUGACAUCAGACAUGGGGACAGCAGAGACAGCGUCAUCCGUAGGCUAGCCAAGGUCAACAGACUCAUCAAAGAUCUGUCCAGAGUGAAGUUGAUGAGGUACGAGGACCCCAUACUGGGGCCUCGCCGGGUGCCCGUCCUGGGACAAGAGGAACAGGGCAAGCUGCCCAUCUCCAACAAAUCUGUGUUCAACAUCAAUCUGGAGGAGAAGAGGGUCACUCUGGCCGACAAUGGUCUCACUGUUGACAUCGGGGACACUUUGGUUUAUCUGGUUCAAUAGAGUAACAUUCACUCUCUUACACACGCAGGCACAUCGGGGCACAUUCAACAGUGAAUCAUUUGUGAGAGGUUCAAAUGCAUCAUGAAUUGUUACAAUAAAAUGGGUCACUUUGACUCAAAGCCACAGAACACAGACUCAAAAGUAUAUGUAUGUUUUAUAAUUUCUCUUUCUGUACUGCACCGUUGGCUACUGCACACGGUGUUAGACUCAUUGUUUUUCACCCUUUCACUGCUGAAUGUGACCUAAGGGAAUAUCUGAAACUAAUGAGACCUGAAGAGUUUGAUUCUCUCUUCAUUUUUAAAAUACACAUGCAGACUAUUAGGUAUUUAGUACUUAAAUCAGGUUAUUUAAUGGUGUAACAAAAAAAAGACUACAAUUUUGAAAAUAUCCCAAACCUUCUCUUAAGGAUUUGGUAUGAGAGGAUAACGCCAGAAUUUGUAUUCCGUCUUUUCAUUGUCUGUAAGAUUAAAUUACAUUUUUCUCCAUGGGCCACUCUUUCCUAUCUGAUAUGAUGCACAUUAAAUAAGCAACUAUCUCUAUAAUGAAGCUUUUAAAUAAAGUUUCUUCCUGAGAGCAACAAAACAUCUACCACCAUGUCCUAUUUUGUUGCUGGCCGACCACUUAUUUUAUGUUAUUGCAUUGUGAGACUGCUCCUGCAUCCUCCUGUUGUUCUCAUAUAGAUGGUAAUGUGUCUGCUUUGUCGUUUUAUACAUUGAGGUGAGGCAUAUAGUUCCCUCAUGUUUUGUCAGCCUGUCAGACAGCUUCCCCUAUUUUCUAGCCGUCGAUGGUGCUUGUCUGACUUGUGCUUUUCCAGAUAAAUAAUAAAAUCUAUGAAAUAUUCA